AUGGAGAGGUCUCAUUGUCCUGGGGUGUACAGAGAGAAAGGGCAUGGGGGUAGGGGUUUCGCAUUGAGAGGGAGGGGGCUGACAUUUGCGUGUGUCAGGCGCUGUGGGGUGUAUAGAAAUGUACCCUAUGUUUUUGUUCCUUCAAAGCAAGCUCUUGGUCGAGCAUGUGGUGUCACAAGACCUGUGAUCUCCUGUUCUGUGACAAGCAACGAGGGAAGCCAGUUGAAAUCUCAAAUACAGCAACUCAAGGAUGCCAUUGAGAAGCUCUUGAUCUGA